AUGAGGGUUCCCGCAACGGGUGUCUUUAAUGCAAACAACGCCACAUCAAGUGCGACGAGACGCGGCCUAGAUGUGACAAAUGCCGAGCUUCAGCACGAGAAUGCCCCUCGAGGCUCAUGUGAGGUGGUAACAUCACCGCCUGUCUUCACCCUCCAUAUUGAGCUUUUCCACUAUUUUUGUACAGAAACGGUGAAAACUCUAGAGGCUUCCAGCCAAGGGGCGACUGUCCCAUUGCCUGUGAUUGUCACACACUGCCUAUCGACACCGUAUCUCAUGAAUGAGCUUCUGGCAUUCGCCGCAUUGCAUCUUAGCAUCGUCCGUCCGAUGCAGAGAGAAUACUACCACCGUCACGCAAUGCAAUUACAGACGCAUGCCAUCAAUGACUUGAAGGAUUCGGGUUGUCUAAACAUCAACCCAGAGAACUGCGUGCCGACCUUUCUAUUCUCUUCGAUUCUGGGCAUCCACAUGCUUUGCGAGACACUCUAUUUUCACCGAGACGAUUUGAGUUCCUUCCUUGCGAAAUUUAUCCAGUACGCUUCUUUACACCGGGGCGUGCGUGCUAUUGCCGGUACAUCAUGGUCCACUCUCCAAUCAUUACACCCCGAUCAGUCAUGGCAGAAUGGGAGCCACUCCGCGUCAAAUAUCGGGUCAUGCCGAAUACGCAGAAGCUUGUUGGAAAAGAUCCAUGGAGCCAAGCUCGGUCCUGCACUUACAAAGCAUUACCAGCAGGCGAUUGAGUUGCUUCCGUUUCAGACCCAGGCAGCCGAUCAACCGCCAGAAAUCGCUCCGUGUCAUUCUGUAGUUGCAUGGCCAGUCCUUGUCCAUGCUGAAUACCUCGAUCACUUGUCCCAUGGGCGGCCCGAAGCACUCGUUAUUCUUGCCCACUAUGCGGUGCUACUUCACCAUCACCGCCAAUUUUGGGUUUUUGGAGAUGGAGGGAGAUGGCUCAUCGAGAGAAUAAGUGAUCAACUCGGACUUGAUUGGGAAAGCUGGUUGGCGUGGCCAAAAAUGGCUAUCAAUACGGACUGA